AUGGCGGUUUCAGAGCCGAGCCACGCAGAGGCUCCUAAUCACGGGGUGGGGUGCAGUCAAACGGCGAAGAUGACGCGGGAUGACGCGUUUGGCGUAUUCGUCGACUAUGGAUUCCCAAAGGGCAGUCUUUAUCACAUCGGAGUUGUCGACCUUGAUGACAAGAGCCACAAGACACUUCAGCAUUACUUUGAAUACGAUGCGGACAUUGUUAAUGCGUUCUGUUCGAUUCAUCAUCAAGCUUAA